GCUAAAGACAAAUUAUGCAAGCAUCGUGAAACUAUUGUCAAGAAAAUCAAAGAUACAUUAUUUGAAGUAUUUCAAGACAAGCUCAAUAAAAUCGAUUUAUCAGCUUUUGCUGAUACAAUUAAAACUUUUAAAGAAUCUCAAAAUACGAAAUGA